ACGCUCGCCAUGUUUGCCAUCCGGUCCUGCUCUUCUAUGGUUGGCUACCAACUCGCAAACUGCGUCCUAUCUCGAUCUUUGAUGGGAAUCACUGUGGCACAGAUUGAUAAAGAAGUUGCCAAACUUCUUGAGCUGAAGGCACAGUUGGGAGGAGAUGAUGGAAAACAUCAAUUUGUUCUUAAAACCGCUAAGGGGACAAGAGACUAUAACCCAAAACAGAUGGCAAUAAGAGAGAAAGUUUUUAACACCAUCAUCAGCUGCUUCAAACGUCAUGGAGCAGAAACUAUCGACACACCUGUUUUCGAACUAAAGGAGACUCUGACAGGGAAGUAUGGAGAAGACUCAAAGCUUAUCUAUGACCUCAAAGACCAAGGAGGAGAGUUGCUUUCCCUUAGAUAUGACCUCACCGUUCCAUUUGCUCGAUAUCUGGCAAUGAACAAGAUCACCAACAUAAAGCGCUAUCAUAUUGCUAAGGUCUACCGCCGUGAUAACCCUGCUAUGACCCGCGGACGCUAUCGGGAGUUUUACCAAUGUGAUUUUGACAUUGCCGGGCAGCAUGAUGGCAUGGUUCCAGAUGCUGAGUGCUUGAGGAUAGUCUAUGAAAUCCUCAGUGAGCUGGAACUUGGGGACUUCCGCAUCAAGGUCAAUGACAGACGCAUUCUUGAUGGCAUGUUUGCUGUCUGCGGUGUGCCAGAUGACAUGUUCCGCACCAUCUGUUCAACAGUGGACAAACUGGACAAGAUGCCUUGGGAGGAUGUCAAACGAGAGAUGGUAAAUGAGAAAGGCCUGUCAGAGGAGGCUGCUGACCAGAUUGGGGAAUAUGUCAGUAUGCAAGGUGGGAUGGAAUUAGCAGAGCGCCUCCUUCUGGACCAGAAAAUGUCUCAGAGUAAGCAAGCUUGUGCAGGACUAUCAGACAUAAAAUUGCUCUUCAACUACUUGCAACUUUUUCAGGUUACAGACAAGGUGAUAUUUGACCUCAGUCUAGCUCGGGGUCUGGACUAUUAUACAGGAGUUAUAUAUGAAGCAGUGCUGUCCCAGGCAAGUACGGUGUCUACCACCCCUGAAGUCCAAAAUGGUUCCCCUGCCGAUGAGUGCGUUAGUGUGGGCAGCAUUGCUGGUGGGGGUCGCUAUGAUGGAUUGGUUGGCAUGUUUGACCCCAAUGGAAAGAAGGUGCCAUGUGUGGGUGUGAGCAUUGGCAUUGAGCGAAUCUUCUCCUUCAUGGAGCAAAAAGCAGAGGCCUUGGCGUUGAAAGUACGCACAACUGAGGUGCAGGUGAUGGUAGCAUCUGCGCAGAAGAACUUGAUGGAGGAGAGACUCAAGCUUGUCACUGAACUGUGGAACGCUGGGAUCAAGGCAGAGGUCAUGUACAAGAAGAACCCCAAAUUGCUCAGUCAGCUACAGCACUGCGAGGAAUCAGGAAUUCCCCUUGUGGCUAUAAUUGGUGAACAGGAGCUGAAAGAUGGUGUUGUCAAGCUUCGCAUUGUGGCCACCAGAGAGGAGGUUGAUAUCUCAAGAGCCGAUCUUGUCAGCGAAAUCAGGAAGAGGACCUCUGAGGCUUAG